AUGAGGCUGGGCGGCGGAGGGUGGCUUCGGGUUUUUUGGCAGUUGUGCUCUCCUCUCCCUGGCCUCGGUUUUAGCAGGACCUGGGGUGGCUUUAAGGGCCGGAUGGCGGAAACGCUCUCGACUCAUGUUGAUGCAGCAGGCGGGCUGGGAGCUCCGGCUCACCAAAACGGAGAAGCUAGUGGCGAGGAGACGGGCGAGCAGUUCUCAGGACAUUCAGAACAGACGGGCCCGGGGUUGGAGCUGGCCCCGGGAGGCGCCGAGCAGGCAUCGGCCACAGUCCCGGGCCCAGGCAAGCGGAAGAAGCGGCGGGGCGCAGCCGGGGAGCGCGUCGUACCGCCGCCGAAGAAGCGGCGGGCUGGAGUGAGCUUUGGUGAUGAGCACUUUGCAGAGACUAGCUACACUUCGUACUUCGAAGGCGGCCUUCGCAAGGUGCGGCCUUAUUACUUUGACUUCCGAACCUACUGCAAAGGCCGUUGGGUGGGCCACAGCUUGCUGCACGUCUUCAGCACCGAGUUCCGAGCCCAGCCAAUGGCUUACUACGAGGCCUCCGUACGGGCGGGCCGCCUGCGUCUCAACGAGGAGCCGGUACAGGACCUCAGCAUCGUGCUCAAGGACAAUGAUUUUUUACGGAACACGGUGCAUAGGCAUGAGCCACCAGUCACAGCAGAGCCUAUUCGCCUGCUAGCUGAGAAUGAAGAUAUGGUGGUUGUAGACAAGCCUUCCUCCAUUCCUGUCCACCCCUGUGGCCGCUUCCGACACAACACAGUCAUAUUCAUCUUGGGCAAGGAGCACCAACUCAAGGAGCUACACCCAUUGCAUCGGCUGGACCGCCUUACCUCUGGGGUGCUCAUGUUUGCCAAGACAGCUGCAGUCUCUGAGAGAAUUCAUGAGCAGGUUCGGGACCGGCAGCUGGAAAAGGAAUACGUGUGCCGGGUGGAAGGGGAGUUCCCUACUGAGGAAGUAACCUGCAAGGAACCCAUCUUAGUGAUGUCUUACAAGGUUGGGGUAUGCCGUGUAGAUCCCCAUGGCAAGCCCUGUGAAACAGUGUUCCAGAGGCUAAGCUACAAUGGCCACUCCAGUGUGGUACGAUGCCGGCCACUCACCGGACGCACCCACCAGAUCCGAGUCCACCUGCAAUUCCUGGGUCACCCCAUUCUCAACGACCCCAUCUACAACUCAGUUGUCUGGGGUCCUUCUCGAGGCCGGGGCGGCCACAUUCCUAAGACAGAUGAGGAACUUCUGCGAGACCUUGUAGCAGAGCACCAGGCUAAACAGAGCCUGGAUGUGCUAGAUCUCUGUGAGGGUGACCUAUCUCCAGGACUCACAGACUCCACAGCCACUUCCUCAGAGAUAGGCAAGGAUGGCCUGGAAGAGUUAGCUGCAGCUGACCAGAAGAUGGAUGGAGCAGUUGAGACAGCCCCUCAGGAUGUGGACACAAUGACCUUGGCACCAGGGAAGUCAGCUAAAACAGAUGUUUUGAAUCAAGAGACAGACCCACUCUGUGCAGAGUGUCAGCUGGUGCGACAGGAUCCCUUACCCCAAGACCUUGUGAUGUUCCUACAUGCCCUGCGCUACAAAGGGCCAGGCUUUGAGUAUUUUUCACCCAUGCCUGCCUGGGCACAGGAUGACUGGCAAGAAGACUGAGGGCUGUGGCCAGUAGAGAGAUUGCUUCUUGGACUGGAACAGGGAUAGGCCAUAGGGCAGAGGCUGACCCCAUGGACUUGUUCUCUGGGUUUCUACAGGAGUGAAGUUGGGCUCUGAAGGGACCUGCUCACACUUCCUACCUCCUUCUUUCCUUUUCUUCCAGUUAGACUUCGGAAACUUCUUGGUUUGUAAAUAUAUCUUUUUGUAGUACCUUGUGUGUCUGUUUUUCUUCCUUUUUUAAAAAUUGAGGUAAAACUCAUAUAACUUAAAAUUAAGCACUUUAAGAUAAUACAAAUUAGUAGCACUUA